GCUUAAUAAACAGCUUUGCCUGCUGAACGCAGCCAAUGUCUUCGAUCAUCAAAAAGUGCGGCAUUAUAGGUCACGUGACCGUGAACGCAACGUCGCCACACCGGUACUAGCCGAGUGAGUUGCACAAAGUGAUCGAGAGUGACAGCGGUGAGGGUACUGUCGUGGUGUCGAGUGAAACCGGUAGUUUCCAACGGUGUUUUCUAAUACAAACGAGACAAACUUUUUAACGAUAAUGGAGAUUGAGAUCCGAUCAGUAAAGUCCUCCAAGUUGAUAGCUAACGUGCCUGUGGAAUCGAGCACAACUAUAGGAGAAAUCAAAAAGCAGUUGCAUAAAUUAAAGAAAGCGCCGUAUGUUUCAAGACAAAGUCUCAGAUUGGAUGCCAAGGGAAAAUCAUUGUCUGAUUCUGAAACAGUGAAAUCUUUGUCGCUGAAGGCAGGUAGCAAAUUAUAUUUCAAGGAUCUUGGCCCCCAAAUUGGCUGGAAGACUGUAUUUCUCAUAGAAUAUGCAGGACCAUUGGUACUGUACCUCUGGUUGUAUCAGCGUCCAUGGCUCUUUUAUGGUGAUGGUAAAACUAAUAAUUAUCAUUGUGUGGUCAACUUUGCGGCAGUUUGUUGGACGGUGCACUAUGCAAAACGCCUCUAUGAGACACUAUUUGUUCACCGUUUCAGUCAUGCCACGAUGCCAUUGCAGAAUUUAUUCAAAAAUUGUUCCUACUACUGGCUCUUUGCCAUAUAUGUGUCAUAUCAUGUGAACCAUCCAUUAUAUACGGCUCCAAACUCUUGUCAAUUCUGGAUUGGGACAGCUAUGUUUGUGCUGGGUGAAUUAGGAAACUUCUUCGUGCAUUUAUCCCUGAGAGACUUGAGACCACCAGGCACUACAGUCAGGAAGAUUCCCAUGCCAUCCAGUCUUUUCACUGCACUCUUCGAAGUUGUCUCUUGCCCUAAUUAUACAUACGAAAUAAUCAGUUGGAUUGGUUUUACUGUGAUGACGUCGUGUCUUCCAGCUGGUAUAUUCACACUCGCUGGUGCGUAUCAGAUGACCGUAUGGGCGUUGGGGAAGCACAAAGCGUACAAGAAGGAAUUCCCGAAUUAUCCGAAGAAUCGUAAAGCCAUCAUUCCAUUUAUUCUUUAAGUUAUCGUAUUUAUAUCAACUCGUUUACGGGACAAUGUUGGUAAUUUUCGAUACCAUUUUUUACUUUUGUUAAGAUUUUUAUUUUUGAAAUAUUAAUAAAUUUAUGUUGUAGAACUUCGUAACGUUCCCUUCGCCGUGAAUACACGACGAAUAGUAAUAUUAACUGCUUAACUAAAUAAUAUUCGUAUAACCGCGAAAAAGCAUAGGAUGUAAAAAGAAUUUUAUUGCGCUUUCUUUU